AUGGCGUACCAAUCCUACUCGUACGCCCCGGCUCCGUCCUACGGCCUCCCUCCACCUGCACCUUCAUACGGCUACUCAGCUCCCGCUUCGCAGCACUACCAGCCCAUCCCGCCGCCCUCGGCCGCCCAACUUGACCCUUUCCGAGCAUGGUACGCCGACCGCUUACGGGAACUCACCUUCAAUUCGCGUCCUCUUAUCCAAGAGCUGUCCAUCACGGCGAUGCAGCAGCGGGAUCAGAAUCAAUGGGCAAACAUGACGGCGGUAGUAGAGGAGAUUGAGAGUGCUGUUUAUCGGUCACCCCCACACGAGAAACUACCGAAGCUCUACCUCCUCGAUUCCAUCUCGAAGAAUGUCGGACAACCCUACACCACCCAUCUCCUCCAACAGGCCAUUCCUCGGCUCUACGUCCGCACGCAUCGCGAAGUCGACGGGGUGACCAAGGUGAAGAUGGAGGAGAUGAUUUCCCUCUGGCGCCGGUCCGGUCCGGGCGGAACCGAGCUGUAUGGUCCUGCCGCGCGCGAGGCGGUCGAGCGGGAGGUGUUUGGUGCGGGCGGAGUGGGCGGAGCGGGCGCAGGUUCAGGUUCAGGUGGGCCCGGGCAGCAAAGGAUGAAUGCACCUGUUGGCAUGGGCGUCACGCGCGAGUCGGUCCUUGCGGCUAUUCAUGCGACGAUUGGGGUCAAGCAGGGCGAGGCUGCGCAUCGGGCAUGGGAUAGGAGCAUCCAGACGCAGUUGACGGCGUUGAUGGGGCUGAGCGAGAUGCUUAAUACGAGGCAUGUCCAGCCGGCUGAGCUGCAGCAGAUUAUGGAUCAGUUGAGGGGGAUGGGACCGACCAUCGCCCCGUCUUAUCCACCCUCGCACGCUAUUCCCUCGCCGUACCCGCCUGUCAACGCAGGCGCCGCUCCGGCUCUCCCUCCCUUCGCUCCCACACUACACAACUACGACCAACCCCUCCGGUCCAGCCACACUCCCCCUUAUCCACCCAAUAUCGACCUGCCCUCCACGUCCGCCGCUCCAGCACCAGCACCGGCACCUCCCGUUGCGCCCAUGUUUGACGCCAAUAUGCUCAAUAUCCUCAACAGCCUCGCUGGCGCUGGCGCACUCUCCAUGCCGGGAAGUACACCCCGUACGCCCGAAGCUGCGCCUAUUCCGCUCAAAGUGGAGCGUACCAGGCUGGAUGACUAUGAGGAUAUGGUGCUCGGUCUGAACCUCUCGCUCUCCAAUCUCGACAUGAACCGUAUGACCGCUCUUCCCCUGCAACACCUCCCCGUCCAGUGCUCCCAGUGUGCCGCCCGGUUCCCAUCGGACGGCGAUCAGCUCAACGCGCACAUGGACUGGCACGCCCGCCGGAACAAACAAGAGCGGACAUCUUCCGGCCGGGGCGCACACCGGCGCUGGCUUCCGCGCGCGGACGAGUGGGUCCGGGAUAUCCCUGUCGCGGGGUCCUCGACCGCUCCUGAUACCCUCGCCGGGAUGGACGCCAACGGUAACGGUGCGGGUCCGAGCGGGGAGUCUCCCGUCAAAAACACCUCGGGUAAGAAGUGGGUGAGAGUACCGGAGGGACAGGGCGCGGGUGGGGCGGGCGCUGUGUGCCCGAUAUGUAAAGAAGGGUUCAAGCGGGAGUGGGCGGAAAGUGAGGAAGAGUGGGUGUGGAGGAAUGCGAUCGAUAUCAGUGGGAAGGUCAGUUUCUGUCGUCUUGUCUUUGCACAUAAGGGAGAAGGGUAG